AUGAGAGUGAAGUCCGAUCCCAUUUUUUGUGAAUACUUACUUCGAAUUGGAGGUGGAACGGAACAAGAACAUACUUGUAACUGUAUUAAGCUACCAAAUAGAAUAGUUCUACCAUUCGAAGAUGAAAUUACGUCUUUAAAAAAAUUGAUACAAUGUGUGUUUCCCAAUAAAGACACAUAUGGCAAUCAUUUAUAUACGAUGGUCAAUCGUGUUAUUCUUACGCCUACAAAUGAAUGUGUUGGCUACAUUAGUGGACUUUUGCUUGAACAAAUUCCUGAUCAAAGUUUCACGUACUAUAGUUUUGAUGAAGCAAUUGAGAAAUUAGAACAACGCCUACAGGAAGAUUUCUUGAGUACUUUGACACCUAAUGGUAUUCCACCUCAUGAGUUGAAAUUGAAGAUGAAUUGUUCUCUAAUGUUAUUACGAAAUAUCAAUCCUUCCGAGGAGUUAUACAAUGGAACAUGCCUUACUUAUCGAAAAUUUGAGAGAAAUGUCAUUCUUGCUGAAAUCACAACUGGUGAAUAUCGUGGAAAACAAAGUAUCAAAAUCAAUGUAAUUUAUACAGUAUAUGGACAUUCAAAUUUAUGUGAAGAAAGUCAAGGAAAUGUUGGUGCAUAG